UGUGUGUUUAGUUAGCUGGCACGAUACACUUCCCCAGGGUUGUGUUUCCUUUUUCCUGAGAUUUGGCUAAGGGUAAAGGGUCGGAGUCACAUGGAUUGAAGCAUUUGAUUGAUGUCCAAGUCACCGCUGUGACUGCCGGAGCCGCCUCCCCUCGGGUUGGGGCCGCGUGAGGCCAGAGCGGCGGGCCGGGCCGGGAUCCGGCUCUCCCGGGAGUGUCCUGCUCCGAGUCCCGCGCCUCCCGCGCGCGUGUCGCAGCUCGAGCAGCCUCCUCUGCCCACGCCCCGGCCUCGGGCCAACAUGUGAAGCUGCGCGUCCCGCUCGGACUCCGCGGAGGCGGCAACUUUGCGGGCAGCAGAGGCGGCAGCAGGCGCGGGGCAGCGCACUUGCCCCCAGCCCCGCGCCCGACCGGCCACCAUGAGCGACGAGAGUGCCAAGGACGCGGACAAGCAGCUUCGUCUGCGCGUGUGCGUGCUCAGUGAGCUGCAGAAGACCGAGCGCGACUACGUGGGCACGCUGGAGUUCCUGGUGUCGGCCUUCUUGCACCGAAUGAACCAGUGUGCAGCAGCAAAGGUUGACAAGAAUGUGACAGAGGAAACGGUGAAGAUGCUGUUCUCCAAUAUCGAGGAGAUCCUUGCUGUCCAUAAGGAGUUCCUGAAAGUUGUAGAAGAAUGCUUGCACCCUGAGCCCAACGCCCAGCAGGAAGUGGGAACCUGCUUUCUUCACUUUAAAGACAAGUUUCGUAUCUACGAUGAGUAUUGCAGCAACCAUGAAAAGGCACAAAAGCUGCUUCUUGAACUGAACAAAAUAAGAACAAUCCGGACGUUUCUUUUAAACUGCAUGCUGCUGGGAGGACGGAAGAACACAGACGUUCCCCUGGAAGGGUACUUAGUGACCCCAAUACAAAGAAUAUGCAAGUACCCUCUCCUCUUGAAGGAAUUACUGAAGCGGACUCCACGGAAACACGGUGACUACACAGCAUUGAUGGAAGCCCUCCAAGCCAUGAAAGCUGUCUGUUCCAACAUAAACGAGGCCAAGAGACAGAUGGAGAAACUGGAAGCUUUGGAAGAGUGGCAGUCACACAUUGAAGGCUGGGAGGGAUCCAACAUUACCGACACCUGCACAGAGAUGCUGAUGUGGGGAGUCUUAAUGAAAAUUUCUUCUGGAAAUAUUCAAGAACGGGUGUUUUUUCUCUUUGAUAAUCUGUUGGUAUACUGCAAAAGAAAACACAGACGGCUGAAGAAUAGCAAGGCAUCCACAGAUGGACAUCGGUACAUUUUUCGAGGUCGGAUCAAUACUGAGGUGAUGGAAGUGGAAAAUGUGGAUGAUGGCACAGCGGAUUUUCACAGCAGUGGGCACAUUGUUAUGAAUGGGUGGAAGAUACAUAACACAGCAAAAAAUAAAUGGUUUGUGUGCAUGGCCAAAAGCGCCGAAGAAAAGCAUGAAUGGUUUGAAGCUAUUUUGAAAGAAAGAGAACGCCGGAAAGGCUUAAAAUUGGGCAUGGAGCAAGACACCUGGGUAAUGAUCUCUGAGCAGGGUGAGAAAUUGUAUAAAAUGAUGUGCCAACAGGGAAAUCUGAUCAAAGACAGAAAAAGAAAACUGACUACGUUCCCCAAGUGCUUCCUUGGAAGUGAAUUUGUGUCAUGGCUUCUGGAAAUUGGGGAGAUUCACAGGCCUGAAGAAGGUGUUCACCUGGGACAAGCAUUGUUAGAAAAUGGGAUCAUCCACCAUGUUACUGACAAGCAUCAGUUCAAGCCAGAGCAGACGCUGUAUAGAUUCCGCUAUGACGACGGCACAUUUUACCCCAGGAGUGAGAUGCAGGACGUGAUUUCAAAGGGCGUAAGGCUGUAUUGUCGUCUUCACAGUUUGUUUACCCCAGUGGUCAGAGAUAAAGAUUACCAUUUAAGGACCUACAAAUCUGUGGUCAUGGCUAACAAACUGAUAGACUGGUUAAUUGCACAGGGUGAUUGCCAUACCAGGGAAGAGGCAAUGAUAUUUGCUGUCGGACUCUGUGACAAUGGAUUUAUGCACCAUGUCCUUGAGAAAAGCGAAUUCAAAGAUGAGCCUCUACUUUUCCGCUUCUUUGCCGACGAGGAAAUGGAAGGAUCAAAUAUGAAACACAGGCUGAUGAAACAUGACUUGAAAGUUGUGGAGAACGUCAUCGCGAAGUCACUGUUGAUUAAAUCCAAUGAAGGCAGCUAUGGCUUUGGACUGGAAGACAAAAAUAAAGUUCCAAUCAUAAAGUCAGUGGAAAAGGGGUCUAAUGCUGAGAUGGCCGGCAUGGAAGUUGGGAAGAAGAUCUUUGCUAUUAAUGGUGACCUGGUUUUCCUGAGACCUUUCUCUGAAGUCGAUUGCUUUCUGAAAUCAUGCUUAAACAGCAAAAAGCCUCUGCGAGUCCUCGUGAGCACAAAGCCAAGGGAGACAGUUAAAAUCCCAGAUUCUGCAGACGGGCUGGGUUUCCAGAUCAGAGGCUUUGGCCCUUCCGUGGUGCACGCGGUGGGAAGAGGUACUGUGGCCGCAGCGGCUGGCCUUCACCCAGGACAGUGUAUUAUCAAAGUCAACGGAAUCAAUGUCAGCAAAGAGACACACGCCAGUGUCAUCGCACACGUCACAGCCUGCCGGAAGUUCAGGCGGCCAAUGAAGCAAGAUUCCAUACAGUGGGUUUAUGAUAGUCUUGAAAGUGCUCAUGAAGACCUGCACAAGUCCCACUUGAAACCCUCUGGAGACGAGGCAGGGGAAGCUUUUGACUGCAAAGUAGAAGAGGUCAUCGACAAGUUCAACACCAUGGCCAUUAUCGACGGCAAGAAGGAGCACGUGAGCCUGACAGUGGACAAUGUCCACCUCGAGUAUGGGGUUGUGUACGAAUACGACAGCACAGCAGGCACCAAGUGCAACGUCGUGGAGAAGAUGGUGGAGCCCAAAGGCUUCUUCAGCCUCACUGCCAAGAUUCUGGAAGCUUUAGCAAAAAGUGAUGAUCAUUUUGUGCACAACUGCACCAGCCUUAAUUCUUUGAAUGAUGUGAUACCCACUGACCUUCAAAAUAAAUUCAGCACCAUGUGCCAUGAAAGAGUGGAACACGUAUGUCACAGAAUAUCCAGUUAUAGGAAGUUCUCUCGGGUGCUGAAGAACAGAGCCUGGCCCACCUUUAAGCAGGCCAAAUCCAAGAUCUCCCCACUGCACAGCAGCGACUUCUGCCCGACCAACUGCCAUGUCAACGUGAUGGAAGUUUCUUAUCCUAAAACAUCAACUUCCCUGGGGAGUGCCUUCGGAGUUCAGCUGGAUAGUAGGAAACAUAACUCUCAUGAUAGAGAAAAUAAAUCUUCGGAGCCUGGGAAACUGAGCCCCAUGGUCUACAUUCAACACACAAUCACAACCAUGGCAGCCCCUUCGGGCCUGUCUCUGGGACACAAAGAUGGCCAUGGACUGCGAUAUUUAUUGAAAGAAGAAGACUUAGAAACUCAAGACAUCUAUCACAAACUGCUCGGCAAACUCCAGGCUGCACUGAAGGAGGUGGAGAUGAGCGUUUGUCAAAUAGACGACCUUCUGUCUUCAAUAACGUAUUCCCCUAAGUUGGAGCGCAAGACAACAGAGGGUGUGCUACCACCCGACAGCGACAACGACAAAGGAGAGAGAAACAGCAAACGCGUCUGCUUCAACAUAGCAGGGGAUGAGCAAGAGGACUCAGGCCACGAUACCGUCAGCAACAGAGACUCCUACAGUGACUGCAAUAGCAACAGGAACUCGAUUGCCUCCUUCACAAGUAUCUGCAGCAGCCAGUGCAGCUCCUACUUCCACAGUGAUGAGAUGGACUCAGGUGAUGAACUUCCUAUCAGCAUCCGGAUAUCUCAUGAUAAACAGGACAAGAUCCACACUUGCCUGGAGCAGCUUUUCAGCCAGAUGGACUCCAUAACCAACCUCUUGAAAGGGCAAGCUGUUGUGAGGGCCUUUGAUCAAACCAAGCAUCUCACACCAGGUCGAGGAUUACAAGAAUUCCAGCAGGAAAUGGAGGCAAAGCUGAGUUGCCCUAAAAGACUAAGACUUCACCUCAAACAGGACCCCUGGAAUCUGCCCAACAGUGUCCGGGUGCUUGCCCAGAACAUCAGGAAGUUUGUUGAAGAGGUGAAAUGUCGGAUACUGCUGGCUCUCCUUGAAUACUCAGAUAGUGAAACCCAGCUCCGGAGAGACAUGGUUUUCUGCCAAAGUCUUGUGGCCACUGUCUGCGCCUUCUCUGAGCAGCUCAUGGCCGCCUUAAACCAGAUGUUUGACAACAGCAAGGAAAAUGAAAUGGAGACUUGGGAAGCCAGUAGAAGGUGGCUGGACCAGAUUGCAAAUGCAGGUGUCCUUUUCCACUUCCAGUCACUUCUGUCACCAAAUUUGAAAGAUGAACAAGCCAUGCUAGAGGAUACACUGGUAGCGCUAUUUGAUUUGGAAAAAGUUUCCUUUUUCUUCAAACCAUCAGAAGAGGAGCCCCUGGUUGCAAAUGUCCCUCUUACGUACCAAGUGGAAGGAAGCCGCCAGGCCCUGAAGGUUUACUUCUACAUUGAUAGCUACCAUUUUGAGCAACUGCCUCAACGGUUGAAGAAUGGAGGAGGCUUUAAAAUUCACCCUGUUCUCUUUUCACAAGCCUUGGAGAGCAUGGAAGGAUAUUGCUAUAGAGACAAUGUUUCCGUGGAACAGUUUCAAGCCCAGAUAAACGCCGCCUCCCUGGAAAAGGUCAGACAGUACAAUCAGAAGCUCAGGGCAUUCUACUUGGACAAGUCAAAUUCACCGCCAAACGCCACAUCCAAAGCUGCUUAUGUUGAUAAGCUCAUGAGGCCCCUGAAUGCGUUAGACGAGCUCUACCGGCUGGUCACCUCGUUUAUCAGAUCCAAACGCAUCGCUGCCUGUGUGAACACGCCUUGCGGGGCCUCCGGAGUCGGUCUGCUGUCGGUGUCCUCGGAGCUGUGCGACAGGCUCGGAGCCUGUCACAUCAUCAUGUGCAGCAGUGGUGUGCACAGGUGCACGCUGAGUGUGACGCUGGAGCAGGCCAUCACUCUAGCCAGAAGCCACGGGCUGCCUCCUCGAUAUAUUAUGCAGGCUACUGAUGUGAUGAGAAAACAGGGUGCAAGAGUUCAGAACACAGCAAAGAACUUAGGGGUUAGAGACCGGACUCCUCAAUCAGCUCCAAGGCUGUAUAAGUUGUGUGAGCCACCACCCCCAGCUGGAGAAGAAUAAGCGUUCCCAAAAGCCAAGCAGGUAGAAGCUUCCAGAUGCUGACCAAGUUAGUGUUCUCCACUGAAGAGAAAGAGAUGCAUAUUUAAGAUAUAACCCUGCCCCCCAUCCUGGUGUAAAUAACUGAUAUUUGGUUCCCUUUGGAUAUUUAUGUUGGAACUAGCAGUUCAUUCAGACGACCCAGCCUCACACUCUAUAUACUGACGUUACAGAUUCGUAUGAGGGCAAAACUCACUGCUGGAACUUAGAGGAAAAAUACACAGUGAUAAAAGAUAAACUGUUCUGGUCCCUUUCUCAUUCAUUAAUUAUAUUGUAUUUGUUUUUAACUUCCACACUGGGCACAUGUGAUACUUAACAGUUCUUCCUGAAGAAGUCUGUCACUAAAAAUGAUGGCCACACUCGGGAAGCCAGCAUACAGGAAUGUUAUGGACAGUGUCAAUCGGGAGACACAGGUUUCCGUCUCCUGCCUGUACCACACAGAAGUGCAUGUGUGGGAGGUAGGAAAUUACACACCUCCGCUUCUUCUAAGGCAUCUUGGUAGUGAAGAAAAAAAAUGAAGAUUCCUUGACUUCUUCCCUGUUGUUAAGACUGCUCUCUGUGUAAACAUUCCAGCAGGCAGGUGCUUCUGUAGAUCUCUGCAGUGAGCCCUGAAGAGCGGCUGACUCCAUUGAUGGCUGUGGGCAGGGAGCUGCCAGGAUUGGGGAAGGAGAGGACUGAGUGAGGAAGAAAAAAAAAAAUCUAUUUGGAAACUCAACCUUGAACUAAGACAAGUUUAAUUUUUGAAGUAUUCCUGUGAUAUGUCAGACACUUAAAAAUAUACCAUCAGGAGUAUUUUUCUAUAAAGUUGUAUGAAUAAGAUGUGAAAAAUAGAUGUAUUUCUUGUACUUUGAAGGGCCUUUAGCAAAGAACCUUGAUAAUUUAUGCAACUUAGGUAUAGACUGUAUUCAUUCUAAAGUAUAUGCAAUAAACAUUCUGUGUCGCUAUACUAAUAUUGUUUUUAUCACCAUGAGUUAGAUUAAUAUUGGUUUUAAAUAUAUAAUUUUAAAGAUAAUUAAAAUAUCCUCACUGUGAUUAUGA